GAAUGGCCAAUUGGAUUGCUAAGCACACACAUGCAUAAUCAACAUGAAAAAUACCUCAAUCUUUGAAUCAAACAACACCCGUUAUAAUCAUUCAAACCACACAACAACUACAUGGUAAACAGUUAGGGUUUCACAAUACCCAAGUGAAAAAGGAAACCACUCCAUGCUAGAAAGGGAAAGAACACAAGAGAAAGAGGUAGAAACCAUCAUGGUGAUGCCUCCUAUCUCCUUUGAGCUUGUGUUAAUCUUCUCUUGGGGAGAAUCUUCCCAAUUCACCACUAGGAGCAAAUUGUAACCUUCUUUCUUCUUUGGUUUGUUCUUUCUCUCUCUAUAUUCUGAAGAAGAAGAAGAUACUUUCUCACUCAUGGGCUCCCCCCUCAUAUCUUCCUUUCAGCUCUCCUUUUAAACAGGGAUCGGGCUCAGUUCACAGCCGUGAACUCUUGAACGCGUCCAUGAACUCAAGGUUGGCAUCGAAACCCACCGCUUCUCUUGCUCAGGUUCACAGGCAACAGCUCCAGUUCACGGUCUUAGUGACCGUGAACUUGCCUGGCGUCAGUAACUUCGGCAAGUGCCCUGGACGCCUUGAUGUUCACGGCCAUGCCUCCUCUUCACGGUCUGCUCACAAGGGAAACCGUGAACUGCCGGUUUUUCACCUCUUCUCCCGGUUUUCGCUCCUUUUCGUCCAACUUUCGACUCCGGGGCUGGUUUCACCUAUUAGAUCGUGAAACGGGCUUAAACACAAGAAACCUAGCAUAAAACCACCCGUUUAGGAGCACAAUUGCCACAAACACCUAAGGAAAACGGGGGUAAAAUGCCCCCGAAUCACUCCUUAACUAGGCAUUGAAUCUCAACUAAAGAAAUCAUGGCCCUCUUGAGUCGAUUUCCUAGAGGAACACAUCCUUUUCUAGAAAAACCGAUCAAGGUGUUCUGAACUAGAAUCCCUCUAUCGAAUGAGGUUCUCAAUCGAUACAAAGCAGUAAAUAGACCAUUGACUAAAGCAAUCGAUCCAAUACUAUCAGUCUAUGGUGUUCUAUUGACCUAAUAAAGUAUUCACUCUCAUAGGACCAAUGCAGAAUCAAUAAUCUCGACUAAAGUAGAAUUGAAUCAUGAAAACAUGUAUAGAUUGAAUAUGAACUCAAGAUUAUCAAAUAGGAGUACUCAUACAAUCAUCCAAUCAAAUAAACAUGGCUAGGGUUCCUCAAAACCUAAGUGAAGGGAACUUACUUCAUAGAGAAGAGCGAGAAUGUAGUAUAACUUUCCAGAUCUUCAAUCUUCAUGUCUAGACUUGUUCUUUGUGCUUCAAUAGUGAAGAAUCCUCCAAAAUAACUCCAAUAAUGGCUCUAGAUUGCCCUCUCUCUCUUUUUGGUUCGUCCCUUGGGUGUUUGGGAAACAAAACCCCAGCUUCUCCCACCAAAACACACAAAAUAGGCUUUUAUACCCGUUUCUGAAAGUUACCCGGCCGGGUAUUUAGAUACCCGGUCGGGUUUUUGGACCUCUUGACCGGAUAUUUUUUCUGAUCAAAAUCCCCUAUAAGGGAAUUGGGCCUCCAGACCGGGGUUUUCACCAUUCUAGUUUCCCUAUCUUUGAUUCUUCCUUCUUCCUCGUCAAGACUCUGAAUUAGGUGUCGUUUGAUCCCAGACGCUCGUAGUCUCGUGCUCUUCCUUCUAAUGAAAAGUUUACAUGAUUACUUGGUCACAAAAUGAGGUAGAAAUCCAUUAUUAUUCGGAUCAUGCUGAGUUUCUCCCUCCGACUCGCCAAUUGAUCUCCGAUUGACUUGAAACUUGCGCUUAUGCUUCACUUUACGUGCUAGGACCUAAAAUGUGACAAAGGAACACAACCUAGCGUAAAUAUAUGCCAAAGAAGUGAUAAUGCAAGCUUAAACGAUAAAGAAACAAAAAGGAAAAUAUGUCCAAAUAUCAAGUCAUCAGAAACCCAUGGCAGUCAACGCUCUGAUCCAUGUUGGCCCCGCAAAAACAGGCAAUAACACAAUUAAUGGGUCGAUACGAAUGAUUUACUAAGCAUUUCAAGACACGCAGAGAAACAUUGUGAUGAUUCCAACCUUGUAAUUGUUUAGCCACCUCAUCCUCAAUGAACCUGAACGUGACAG